UUUCCAUUGUGAUUUCAGGAUGAUGAUUCCAUGGAUAAGGAUGGAAAUGACUUUGAUGGUGAGUGCUCUCGUCCUCAGAAACAUGCGAAGAGUCCUGAGCUUGCUAGAGACUUCCUUCUAGAUGCUGCAACUGUAAUAUUCAAGGAUCAGGUUGAAAAGGCCUUUAGAGAAGGAACUGCACGGCAGAAUGCACACAGCAGUUUUGUGUGCCUUGGUUUGAAGUUGCUUGAAGAACGCGUGCAUGUUGCAUGCAAGGAAAUCAUUACCUUAGAAAAGCAGAUUAAACUUCUUGAAGAAGAAGAAAAGGAAAAGCGUGAAGAAGAAGAAAGAAAGGUGCGCCGAAGAACAAAAGAAAGGGAGAAAAAGCUCCGAAGAAAGGAAAGAUUAAAAGAGAAGGAAAACAAGGAGAUGGAAUGUGCUGAAUCAAAUCAAGAUCCUGUGGUUCCCGAUGUUUCAAAGGAGGACCCCACGCCCACUCUUGAUGAAAAUUCAAAUGUGGUCAGUAACAAAGAUUGUAUCAGUGAAACUGGUGAAGCUAUUUCAUCCAGCCCAUUGUCUCCAGAUAUUCAAGAUGCCCAGUUUUUGAAGGAUUAUGUAUAUUCAAAUACAGAAAACCAUUCAGAAGACAGUCCUAAUGGGGAAAUUGGCAAUAUUAGAGAUUCGAACUGCUCUUUCCCCCACAAUCACAUCAAAUAUGCUAGCAGGAAGCUAAAGUUUAAAAAAGACCCCAAACAGGAUUUGAACUUAAAAUGGUCAGGUGCGAGAAAAAGUAAUGUUGUUACAGAGUUUGGGGAUACUGUUAGCAAAUGUGAAUCGAGAUAUCAUGAUGAUGGCUUUGAUGUUAGAAAUAAUGCUGCAAAGAACAGUAGAACUUUUGGCUCAAAAUUUAGUGAAAAGUUUCAGGGUACCAAGAAUAGGGUACGAGGUGACAGAUUUGAUUCACAUGCUCGCAGCUGUAACCCUCAUGACGUUUACAGAGCAAGGCCUGAAUCACAUAUUACAAGAGCAGUCCGGGACCCCAAAUAUGUGAAUAAGUUGGAGGUCUCUGGUAUGUCAAAACCAUAUUAUCGUGGACUCAAGUAUAACCUAGUUGAGUGUUCACGUGAGAUGAGUGGACGACCUAAAAGUAAAAUUAUAGCUGGGAACAGUUCACCUAACAUUAAGCAAGUUUGGGAACCAUUGGAUUCACAGAAGAAAUACAUCCGAAGCAAUUCAGAUUCUGAUAUUAUUGCAAUUUCUACUCUCAAAGUUGAAGGUGCUGUAUCUGAUCGCCUCCCUGAAUUUCCUGCUACCAGUCAAUCUGACGAAGUGACGAGUAUUUCAGUAUCAACCAAUCGCAAGGAUUAUGGUUUUCAAGAUUCAAUUAUGUCUAGACCUGAAAAUGGCAGAAUUGGACCAAAUGGAUUUCAGACGGUGACAAAGUCCCAGCAAUCCUCAAAGGAUGUAGCAGAAGAGGAUGGGAAGUUAUGUCCUUCAACUAGAUCUUUACAUGUAAUGCUAGAAUCAUCAAUUGGUAGCUCUUCUAACUCUGACAAUUGCUCCUCCUGCCUCAGUGAGGAAGACAGCAGCACAUCCUCUUCAGACCAUCAAAUCUCGGAUUCAACAUCGAUGUCGGAUUCAGAUGAGGCCAGCCAAAGUUCAGAGGGAAGAGAAAGUUCACAGUGCCUUAAAAAUAUCUACACUGAGUGUAACGGAGUUGUGAUGGAGACAAGGCAAAGCGCAGAGAGGGGGGAUGGCACCAUUAGCCAGACACUUGACUGUGAUGGAACCAAUUCUUUCAGGAAUUUUCCUUUGAAAGCAACUUCAUAUUGUGAUAAUGGGAGAUCUAAUGUCAGUAUGGUUGUGCAGCCUCCAACUUUGCUCCCGCAAUUGCACAAUCAAAGCAUAGACUAUCCAAUGUUCCCGGCACCAACAAUACCUUAUUGCCAGACUCCAGUUUCUUGGCCAGCUGCUCCUACAAAUGGGUUGAUGCCCUUACCCCAUCACAGCCAACACUAUUUAUUUGCUAACCCUUUUGGAUACGGUCUGAACGGAACUGCACGGCUUAUGCAAUAUGGAGCCUUACAGCAUCUAGCUCCACCAUUACUUAAUUCUGCUCAGUUGCCUUUUUUCCAGCCAGCCGCUUGUGUUAAUGGCACUGGCACAGAGUGUGCCAAGGUUCCAAAUCUAGGUGUGCUAAAAGAAGCUGAACAUGGAUAUAAUGUACGGAAGGUUGCUCCAGCUAAUAAGCAGUAUACUGCGGAAGCACCAAAUGCUGUCGAAGCUGGGAAAAUUGUGAAGUCUGAAAUAUCAGAAAUAAGAAAUACAAACUUCUCUCUUUUCCACUUUGGUGGCCCUAUAGCUCUUUCAGCAGGGUCUAAAUUGGAUGGUGACUCUUUGGAAGAAGGAAUUGCUGGUGAUAUUUCUCCAAAUUUAUUAGUGAACCGACCUGAUGGUCAUGAUGCUUGCAAUAAGGAAGACUCUAUUGAAGAAUACAAUUUGUUUGCUACAACUAAUGGAAUAAAGUUUUCUUUCUGAUUUUGUCGAGUAAGAUGUCAAAAUGCUAUUUCUGAUUUUAGCCCUUAGUUAUGCUUUGUUUUUACCGAGUGUUAGAAACCAUUGUUCAAGUUUUAUUUCUAUUUUCUUGUUACUGAGAGAUGGAAGCUUUGAGUACUAUGUAAUUCCGUGCACAAUAAUCCUCUGGGAAAAAGAUUAGCAUUUUUUUCUAGUUUAUUUGAUUGCUUCACUUUGCUCUAUUUGUUGUUCGUGGAGAGAUCUAGAAAUUUCAUAAUGUACGAACUUUUUUUGAAUCUAUUCCGGAGUCUUUGUUGGGGUCA